CCGCCGCCUCUGCAUCCACUGCUCCGCUCUCCCGAAGAAAAGAAGAGGAGGACUGGGUCCGGAGAGGAGGAGGGCUCCCGCUGCCGCCAUUAUCGGAAAGCUGCUUCAAAUCGCACUUUCACACACGCGAUGUGCCCCUAAGGAGCUGGACGUGAACGCUUCUGAUCGCUCCUUGGAUGUUUUGUCGGAGACGAAGCGGCCGGUCGAUUACUGGGCCGUUUUGUAAGAGGCGUGUGCGGCCGGCCCAGCGUUAAAUGUGCACAACAAUGGACACAAUAAUGAGUGAAAACGAAGCAACGUGGUGAAGCCAGCAAGGGGAAGGCUCAGUAGGAUUCUCUUUUUGUUUAAUUUUUUUUUUUUUUGCACAGCAGGAUUUCAUUGGAAAACCUUAUACUUGAACAACAUCGGAUUGUUCUUUUUUGUGAGUGUGGAUAUUUAUUACCUUUCCAGUGUUUUGCAAUUGCAACGACCGAGGGAGCAAGUGAUGCCAAAGAGGGAAAGGCAAACACGGGACCUGACUUUCAAAGGGGAUGAAUGAAAGCACCAUCUUCACAUAUCAUUGCAGCCUUUCUUGAAUUCAAAGUACACGGCCUGCAGACGGAAGUGAAAUUUGAGCCCUUCGCCAACUUUAUGGACAAACCUUGCGGAGAACUUUUCACUCAGUGCCUGUUUAGGGCAGGAUGAUCGACGGUCGAUUAUGAUGGCAAAAAAGCAAGAUGUCCGCUCCCCCAUUUACAACCUCAUUGUGGUCGGUUUGUCGGGUACGGAGAAAGAAAAAGGACAAUGCGGGGUCGGAAAGUCCUGCUUGUGUAAUCGGUACGUCAGGCCCAGCGCGGACGACUUCUACUUGGACCACACGUCGGUGUUGAGCACCAGCGACUUUGGGGGUCGAGUGGUUAACAAUGAUCACUUUCUAUUUUGGGGGGAGGUCUCGCGGCUUCUGGAGGAAGGGCCGGAAUGCAGAAUGCACGUGGUGGAGCAAACGGAAUUCAUCGACGACCAGACAUUUCAACCGCACCGUAGCACGGCCAUGCAGCCGUAUAUCAAACGGGCCGCCGCGACCAAGCUGGCCUCGGCCGAGAAGCUCAUGUACUUCUGCACCGAUCAGCUGGGCCUGGAGCAAGACUUUGAGCAAAAACAAAUGCCCGAAGGCAAGCUGCAGGUGGACGGGUUCCUGCUCUGCGUGGAUGUCAGUCGGGGUAUGAACCGUAACUUUGAUGACCAGCUGAAAUUUGUCACAAACAUCUACAGUCAGCUGAGCAAGAGCAAGAAACCCAUCGUGUUGGUCCUCACUAAGUGCGACGAAGGCGUCGAACGCUAUAUCAAAGACGCGCAUACCUUCGCCAUCACUAAAAAGAGCCUACCCGUGGUGGAGACGUCUGCUCGUUCAAACAUCAACGUGGACCUCGCUUUCCUCACUUUGGUUCAACUCCUUGAUAAAAGCAGAGGCAAGCCCAAGAUCAUCCCCUAUUUCGAAGCGCUGAAACUGCAGAGUCAGCAAAUUGCUUCGGCCAAGGAUCGCUACGAAUGGUUGAUCAACCGGAUAGUGAAGAAUCAUAAUGAGAGCUGGCUCAACACCAGUCGGCGUAUGAACACCUCCCCGGAAUACAAAGAAUAUGUUUUCCUGGAAGGGACGGCAAAAUGCAAGAAGCUCUUUCAACAGCAUGUUUACCGUCUCAAACAGGAACAUAUUGAGCGACGGCGGAAAAUCUACCUGAGCACGCUUCCUCUCGCGCUUAGUUCUUUGGUGCCCGACUUGGAUGAAAUUGAUCAGCUCAGUUGGUCUGGUGUCCAGAAGGUUCUUGAGUCCAAACAACACUUUGCCCACUGGUUUGUGGUCCUGGAGGACUCUCCUUGGGAGGACACGUCACACAUCGACAACAUGGAAGAUGAGCGGAUCCCGUCUGACCUUCUGGAGACGGACGAGGCGGAGGAAUUAUUUAAUGCUCACCUGGAGCAUUUACGGAACGAGUGCAGACGCGCUGAGAUGAGGCUGGAGUUUAAACACAAGUUAGCUUCAUCUCCCUUCGUCACCCCUGGUAGACCUUGGGAGGAAGCUCGCAGCUUCAUCAUGAACGAAGAGUUCUACCAGUGGCUCGAAGAACCGGAAUAUCUGGACCUUUACAAUCGUCAUCAAAAGGAGAUCAUCGACCGGGCUAAAGAAGACUUCCAGGAACUGCUUCUGGAGUAUUCCGAGCUUUUUUAUGAACUGGAAGUGGAUGCCAAGCCGAGUAAGGAGAAAAUGGGGGCCAUUCAGGAAGUGUUGGUGGAAGAGCAGAGGUUCAAGGCGCUACAGAAGCUUCCAGCCGAAAGAGAUGCCCUAGUCUUGAAGCAUAUCCACUUUGUAUAUCACCCCACGAAGGAAACCUGCCCGAGCAGUCCCCACUGCGGCGACUCCAAGAUCGAGCAACUCCUGGCGUCGCGUUUCCCCACGUGUUAUCCCUUUUUUGACGUGAAAGCUCAUUUCGGCGACACGAAAGCAGAUAGAAUCAAUCUUGUUAUUCUGGGAAAGGACGGACUGGCUAGAGAAUUUGCCAAUGAGAUCCGGGCUCUCUGCACAAAUGACGACUGGUACGUGUUGGACGGGAAGAUGUACGAGCUGACGCUGCGGCCCAUCGAAGGAAAUGUGCGUCUUCCUGUCAAUUCUUUCCACACGCCGACGUUCACCCCUCACGGAUGUUUGUGUCUGUAUAAUUCAAAGGAAUCCCUCUCCUAUGUGAUUGAAAGCCUCGAACGUCUUCGGGAAUCCACCUUAGGUCGGAGGGACAGCCAGCUAGCGCAGCUGCCCACGUCACUGCUGUUAGUCACCAAAAGAGGCGUGGGCUCGUACGUGGACGUCGGAGGAGAAACCGCCUUGAACCUAAUCACCCACGGACAGCAAGUGGCGAGGAGGCUGCAGUGCAGUUUCUUAGACCCCGCCUCCCCCGGCGUGGGCUACGGCCAUAAUGUCAGCGAGGCGCAGAUCAACCAGGUGCUAAGGGGCCUUUUGGAUAUUCGCAGGAGUUCAUCUUUUAGUAGCAACUCCCCUCCGCUCCUCCCCGAGCCGCCGGGCAUGAGGGAGUCUCCUCAUCAGCCGGCCCCAGAGGCCGAUCUCCGCAUUGUCAUGUGCUUAAUGUGCGGCGACUCCUACGACAUUGAGCAGCUGCUGUCGCCCUUCCUGAUGCAUCAGCACUGCAGGCCCAUGUCCAACAGCGGCACCUCCGUGUUGCUCGAGCAGACAGUCGGCGGGCAUAAGCUGGCCAUCGAGCUGUCCAUUCUCUCCUACCACGCCUCCUUCACUUUACGGAAAAGCAGGCUGGUGCACGGCUACUUUGCCGUGUACUCUGCCUGCCGCAAAGCGUCCCUGGAGACGCUGUGCGCGUUCUUGUGCGAGGUUCAGGAUAUCAUCCCGGUGCAGCUUUUGGCGGUGGGAGAUAGUCAGGCCGCGCUAACGGAGAGCGACUACGCCCGGGAGCUCCAGUUCCAAGGAGAGGAACUCGCUCAUGAGAUCGAAGGUCGUUUCAAUAGUGUGGUUUGUGGCUCCGGGGGUGUCGUGGGAGGUCUACACAGGAUAGAGAUGUUCCAUCCUUUUCUCAUGGAGGUGGUGGAGAAGCGUAACAUCGUGGAAGCCACGCACAUGUAUGAUAACGUGGCCGAAGCGUGCACCAAUGAAAACGUGUACUCCCCGCGUUGCAGUUCUCCCAGCCUCGUAACCAUGUUCCUGGAUUCCGAGGACGACGUGGAGCCUUCGCCUCCGUACUACGACGGCACUCUCACGUCUCACCACGGGGGCUUUAACCUGCCCGACUUGGACUCCAAUGACCUCUCACUUAUCUCUGACAUCAGAGAUCUCGAGAGCAAACUAAACAACAAAGUCCCCCCGCACGUAAGAGUUAAACCCGGCGUCACUUUUGACUUUCGAAAGGUCAGCCGCAACCCUUACAUGGAUACGGUCGGUCACCGGCGCUCGCUGCCGUCUGCCGUCACCUGGGUCCCCGGCGGCGACGUGGGCUACGACCCGUCCGACUACGCGGAGCCCAUGGACGCCGUUUGCAAGCCCCGCCCUAGCAAUGAUGAGAUCAUCUACUCGGUACCACAUGACAGCACGCAAGGGAAGAUCAUCACCAUCCGCAACUCCAACAGGAUGCACGCCAAUGGCAACGGAUCCGACAGUGAAGCGGACAGCAGCUCUCUGGAGCGAAGGAGGAAAUUCUCGGCGGCGGGCGUGAAGCCCCGCCUUUACCGCGAUCGCUCCAAGCGACUCGGCAAGUUCAGCAGCUUCCGCACCAGCUUCAUCGGCAGCGACGAUGAGAUGGGAGCGCUCCCAAAGACCAAGGAAGAUGAUUUUGGGACACUGAAAGGGGAAAAUCUAGUUAAUGAAGAGAAUGAGGACCCUAAGAAGAGGAACAUUCUGAAGAGUCUUCGGCGAACUGCCAAGAAAUCAAGACCAAAGCCCCGCCCAGCAAUCCCCAAGCCCAUGGAAAGCAACUAUUUUGGGGUACCUUUAGUCAAUGUGGUGUCCCCAGAUAGACCCAUUCCACUUUUCAUCGAGAAAUGCGUUCGCUUCAUCGAGACCACAGGUCUGAACACAGAAGGUUUAUACCGUGUAAGCGGCAACAAGUCUGAAAUGGAAAGCAUGCAAAGGCAGUUUGAACAGGACCACGGAUUAGACCUGGUGGAAAAAGACUUCUCCAUAAACACUGUGGCCGGAGCCUUGAAGAGCUUCUUCUCCGAGCUGCCUGAGCCCCUGGUGCCUUUUGCCCUGCAGGUGGACCUACUGGAUGCUUUCAAAAUCACCGACAGAGAGCAGCGGCUGUACACCAUGAAGGAUGUCCUGAGGAGGUUCCCCAGGGAGAAUUAUGAUGCCUUCAAAUACGUCGUGACCCACUUACACAAGGUGAGCCAGCUGAGCAGGCUGAACCUGAUGACCAGCGAGAACUUGUCCAUCUGCUUCUGGCCCACCCUCAUGCGACCGGACUUCACCACCAUGGACGCACUGACGGCCACGCGCACCUACCAGACAAUCAUCGAGAUCUUCAUCCAUCAGUGUCUAUUCUUCUUCUACAACCAGCCGCUCAUAGACUCCCCAACGGGCCUCGGGGGGCUCCCGGCCUCGCCCACCACCACCCUGGGCGGGAGCUCGGCCUACACCUGCUACCGCUCGUCUCCCCCGCACACGGGCGCGCACUUCAGCCCUCUGCAGCAGCAGUCGCCGCCCACCACCCCCCAAUCCCCUCUGCAGUCCCUGCUCCCGCCCUUGCACCAGCAUGUCCACACCCACCCCCAUCCCCACCACUCCCCCGCUGAGCAGGAGACACUGUGAGACCACAGCCACGUGUGCCCGGGAUAUCCCCCGCAACCUCACCGCCAACAUGAGAACUUCAUGAUGGAUGAUGAUUUAGGGGGAGCAGGGGGAGCACCCCCUAAUGUCAUGGAAUCGGACAUCAUGAAAGCUGGAAGACAUCAUGUUUUAUCUGUUAUUCUUCCUCAUGAAAGUACUGCCACUGGAUUUGAUGACCCUCUCAGUCCUUUGGGGUGGAAGUUUGCGCCCUCUAGUGGAGGCAUUGAGGGGCUCAUUUCAUUGGUGUGGGGAGGGGGGGUGCGGGGUGGGGUUUACACAUCCAGGGAUGCACUUUAAUGUUCAGGUUUUUUUUUUCUUCUUUUACAUACUGUAUGUUUUUAAUUUUGACAGUUCAGCCAUACCCGUUGCCUCUACAGAACAGAGCUCUGUCAGAUCAAACUUUGUUUACAUGAAUUUCUUUUUUUUCUAUGUUAUCCGCAUACUUAUCUGAAGCACUUUUUUGAUAGAGUAGCGUUAAAUUAGAAUUGUUCAUGUUCUUUGUUUAGUGGUUGAGUUGAGCAUUCUUGUGCAAACGAGAUCCCCUAAUGUAAAAACAUUCAUUGGUCCCAUUAUCCCGGAGCGACUCCUGUUCCUUACUCAUCCGGCCUUCAUGAAUUUUAGUUUUAGACUUUGUCCUCUGUCUAGCUGCUGGUUGAGCAGAAGGGAUGUUUGAGUGAAGAAUAAGCAGCCAUAUUUGAUCAGCACAUUUGAUUGGUAACAAGAUGCCAAUCAUGGCUAAUGUCCGGCUUUUCCACAAUAUUGCAAAUCCCACUUGAACAAUAUCGUAGAAAGGAUCUGUGAAUGGCAACGCCACGUGUGAAGUACUUUAUCAUAUCGUCCACUGUUAAUGAAGAGCUGAAUGUUUUCUUUUUUUCUUUUUUUUUUACCCUGAAAAAUGACAAGACAAAGCUCUGUGUUUCCUACCGAAACAAGUGUGUUAAUCACUGGAUCGACUGUUUUGUUUUGUUUUUCUGAGCAUCUUUUACUGGCACUUAGUAAAUAUCACAAUGCGUUGAUUUUAAAUAUUGUUGCGCCAAUCAGUCUAUCAUGAAAUAGAAUUAACACACAACCAUGACUGUCCAUUGCCAUUCAGUGGGCAGUGAGUGACUGUAAUUGUUUGUAGGCUGGGUUGGAGGACACCAGUAAAGUCAGUGGUAGGAAACAUUUCUAGUGUGUAUUCCGAUGAUUUAAAGUCCAUUUUCUUAAUUUUUUUUGUGAAGGUUUCAAGGCCACUUAGUGCAUGAUUUUAAACACACACCGCAGGAGAGGGAUGAAAGCCUCUCCCUGUUUGAAAACGUAAUUUAGUCCAAGGACAGAACAAAUGCUUCAAGAGAAAUAGCUUAUGUACUGCGCUCCAAGAAAACCUUGAAAUUUGUCUGACUGAGCAAACAGUGUUUAAAGAAGAAGGCCUUAUGUGAACUGUAUGAUAGUUAAUAAAUUAAAUCUUGUAAACUUGUCA